AAAGCCUUUAGUUGAGAGUACAAGCGAGUUGCGCUGUUUUGUACUUCUAGUGUAUACAGUGAUACAGUACUUUAAAUGCGCUACAUUGAGUUGAAUGGACUUCAGGGCAAGACAACAGUCUCUUUGUGCGCCUAAUGGCUCCGUGGAGCGUUGUGUGAUAUUAGAUCGGCAAACAGGCGGCUCAGUGUGCGACGUGAUGCACACAGUCGGUCAGAUAGCCGCCCACUGCCAGCUAGCCAGCCAUCCAACGUGGGACAUUUCCGCACACGCGGGUCAGCUGAUCGAGACACGCGGAAAGCGCCAACUAACUGAACUCAACUAAAGACUCGACACUGUCACGAAUACAAGACUCCAGCUUGCUCGACUUGUCCUGUGUUGACUUCACACCUCUCAGUACAACUCCUUAAUACACACACGUAGAGAUCCUAAAGCACGCGGCUGCUUUACAGUUAUUUCGAGUGGAAGUGAUGGCACGCAGGGAGUCGCCAGUGGCGUUGAAUGGAACUCAUAUUUCCUACAUUGGACAUGAUUGUAAGGACAUCCCAGCCUUUCUGGGGGACUCUUUUGGAGAUUUUGCAAGGAGGCUGGACUUGAGCUUCAACCAGCUCAGGUCCCUGGCAGGCCUCAAAACAUUCACUGAGCUGGAAGAGCUGGUCGUCGACAACAAUCUACUUGGGAAUGACCUCCGGUUACCCAGGUUACCUAACCUGCACACCUUAACGCUCAAUAAGAACAAACUGACUGAUAUUGAAGCCCUGCUGGAGCACUUGGCUGAAGUCACCCCCUCGCUGGAAUAUCUCAGCUUGCUCGGUAAUGAGGCCUGCCCCAACCAGCUGGUCAGCCUGGAUAAAGACGAGGAUGACUACCAGAGAUACAGAUAUUUUGUUCUACACAAACUGCCACAGCUGAAAUUUCUGGACACCAGAAAAGUUACCAGAAAAGAAUUAAUGGAGGCCCAAGCGAGAGGAGCAUUCAUGAAGGUGGUCAAGCCCAAGUCGGAAACUCCGCCCAACGAAGCUGGAUUUGAGAACCGCCCUCUGCCCUACACGCCUCUACCCCGAGGAUCCAGAGAUGCUAGAAACCACAAAGGCGUCUUCGCCAAAUGUCGCUACGUCUACUACGGCAAGCAUUCCGAAGGCAACAGAUUCAUCCAAAACGACCAGCUUUGAUGACACCGUCAGGUCCAGGAACAAGAGGGACCUUGGAGAACAUGGUUGAUAAUACUCGGGAAGAGAUAUAAAGAUGUUAUUUAUUGACAUUCCACUCGCAUCAAUCAAAUAAUUGCUUAGACUUUCUAACAAAUAAGAUAUCUGAAGAUACACAAAUACACACAAAGUGACAAACAGGUCCAACCUAUUGCGUGUCUCAGCCUGACAGCCAUGAUGGAUCACCCAUCCACUGCUGCCACUAAUCAAGGGUGAAAGGGGCGACGGUCACACACCUGAGACCUGACACAGCCAACGCACAUGCACACACACACAAAAUAUAAAGCAGUAAAACGAUGAAAAGUGUCGAAGAUGAUUCGCAAUCUUUUCGAUGACGGAAAAUUUGUUAAACAGUGUUUCUUGUGGCUAAGGAGCCUGUAUGCCCUUCUUUACUGAAUAUAUUUUGUUGAGUUGAGAAAAAAAAGCCAGUUUUUCAAUUCCAUGUUUUAGACACUGCAGUUCAAUUUACGGUAUAAUUUCUACUCCUUUCAAAAAGGCAUUUUAAAUUGUUUGAAGUCGACUGAUUGAUAAUCAUGUUAAUAAUGUUUAAAUAUCUUCUCUUUAGAGGCAACCAAUUGUUUUGUUUCGGUUUUAAAUGUUAUUGUUUAUCCUUUUAAGAUUUGUAAUUGUACUUUUUUCUCUUUCUCAAUACCUGUUUUCAAACAUAUGACCAAUAUACAGUGAUUAUCUUCGGUGCCCUGUGAUUUGCAAUAAUUGAACCAUAAAUAUUAUUACAGCAGACCCUUGGCUCAAAUGAAAUACUGUAUAUGUAAAGUGUUUACAUUAUUACAGAACCUGCAUUACCACCAAGGCAUUUAACAUCAGGCAUGCUGCCAAUGUUAGUGUAUGUCGCUAAUUGCUGACAUGACCUGUUUGAUCUGAUGCAAAUAGACGAUAGUCCUGACUGUGAUAUGCACUUGAAUGCACAAGUAACCAGUAAAAAUUCAUUUUAUCAAUUUUGACUAUGAAAAGAGAAAUGUAUUUGCUACAAAUCAUUCUAAAAUGAAACAUAUCCAUCAAUUAUCUCAAAGCCAUGGA